AUGGGGCAGGAUGAAGGGGCCACGGCCAUCGUGGCGGCCAGAGGAGAUGUCACGGGCGACCUUGAAGAACCGGUGCGAGAGGAUGUGGUUCUCUCUGGCUGGGGUGGAAUGCGUCCCGUUGAUAUUCUAGUUCUUACUGAUCCAGCUUUACUCUGUUUCCUGCAUCUUGACAGCACAGAAGUUACUUGCGUGGAAAGUGACUUUGUAGUAGGAGGCACGGAGGAGGAGAGCCGCUGUUCUUCAAAGGAACGCGGGCGGAUCUGCGGCGGCAGAUGGCCCGGGACCGUGCUCUGGCAAACAGCAUCUUUAAAAACAUCUGCGCACGCACAACGCUCUCCUUUUCUUCCUGACCUGGGCGGACGGCAGUUUCUCUACGUUUGUUCAGCUUUGCCUUUAUCGCCACUCCCCCACGUUCUUUCUGAUGAAAUAGUUCAAGACUCAUUUCGAAGCUCUCACCUGGGGAACAGUGAAGACACCAGCUCCUGGGCUCAGAGCAACUGCCUUCAAUAUCGCCUCGUGGUCUCAGGCAGCAUCUGGACCCGGCGGCUGACGAGCAGGAGCCCCUGGGAACCUUCCGUUCGCGUGCUAGACACGAAGGAGGGUGGAGCCGAGGGAGGGGCCGGCAGGGGAAAGGGCUCCGAGCUGGGGUUCGGGGGCGUUUGGAGAAGACUUUCCGGAGAGGCGAUGCUGGAGUAG